GUCAGCAGUGACAGAAAGAAGUGAGCGUGCAGGGUGACGCCAGGACACUGACGGACACAGAGACGGACCGACUAAAGUUGGACACACGGACAGGCAGACGGACAGACCGGCAGGCAGACAGACGGCUGAGAGUAUAGCGGUCAGAAAGCAGGAUGGAGGCGGACCAGCUCGUGUUCUUUGUCAACGGAAAGAAGAUCGUGGAGAAAAAUGCGGACCCGGAAAUUACCCUUCUGACCUAUCUGAGGAGAAAGUUGGGUCUGACAGGAGCCAAGCUGGGCUGUGGGGAGGGGGGGUGUGGCGCCUGCACCGUCAUGGUGUCUCGCUACGCCCCCCGCCAGCAGCGCGUCGUACACUCCUCGGUGAACGCCUGUCUGGCUCCUGUGUGUUCGCUGCACCUCUCCGCCGUCACCACCGUGGAGGGCAUCGGCUCGGUGGCCCGGAAGCUCCACCCAGUCCAGGAGCGUAUCGCGCGGGCCCACGGGUCCCAGUGUGGCUUCUGCACCCCGGGGAUGGUGAUGUCUAUGUACGCCCUGCUGAGGAACAACCCCUGUCCCGACAUGAGCCACCUAGAGGACGCCUUCCAAGGAAACCUGUGUCGCUGUACAGGAUACAGACCCAUUCUGGAGGGCUACAAGUCCUUCACCACGGAGGGGGGGUGCUGUGGUGGAGGGGGGAAAGAGGGUGGCUGCUGUUUGACCAAUGGGAACAAGGCUGACGGGACUCUGACCAAUGGGAACGAGGACCCGGGAGAGAGCGUGCCGCUCUUCCAGCCUUCAGAGUUCGAGCCCUUUGACCCCACGCAGGAGGUCAUCUACCCCCCCGAGCUGAUGGCCCUCCAGCUGGCCCCCGCCCCCCCGGGGCCUCCCCCCGGGCCCCUGCGGUUCCAGGGGGAGCGGGUGGAGUGGCUGCAGCCCUCCACCCUGGAGCAGCUGCUGGUCCUCAAGGAGCACCACCCGCAGGCCAAGGUGGUGGUGGGCAACACCGAAGUAGGUAUCGAGGUAAAGUUUAAGAACAUGCUGUAUCCGGUCAUCCUCGCUCCGGCCUUCAUCCCCGAACUACAGGAGAUACAACACACACCGCAGGGUAUUGUGUUCGGAGCUGCGUGUUCUCUCACCUGCGUGGGGGAGGAGCUAAAGCGAGCCGUGGCCACUAGCCCCGCCCACCAGACUCAGGUGUUUCAGGCGGUUCUCGAGCAGCUGCGCUGGUUUGCUGGACUGCAGAUACGCAACGUAGCCGCCCUUGGGGGUAACAUCAUGACAGCCAGCCCCAUCUCAGACCUGAACCCCGUCCUGCAGGCCACGGGGUGCACCCUCACCCUGGCCAGCACAGCUGGCCUCCGCCAGGUCCAGAUGGACCGGUUCUUUCUGGGUUACCGGAGGACUGCAGUCCAGCCGCACGAGAUCCUCCUGUCUGUCCUCAUCCCCUACAGCAGCAAGUGGCAGUUCGUCUCUGCCUUCAAACAGUCUCCUCGCAGGGAGGAUGACAUCAGCAUCGUUACCACGGCGAUGAAUGUCACCUUCACGCCCGGGACCUCCGUCGUCAAGGAGCUGAAGCUUAGCUACGGCGGCAUGGGACCCACCACCGUGCUGGCUGAGACAACCGCCAGCAAGCUAGUGGGCCGCCUUUGGGGGGAGGAGCUUCUGGAGGUGGCCUGCAGCUCGCUGGCCGAGGAGAUGACCCUUGACCCAUCUGCCCCGGGGGGCAUGGUGACCUACCGGCGAACUCUGACCCUGAGCCUCUUCUACAAGUUCUACCUGACGGUCCUGCAGAAACUGGCUGCGGAGGGCGUGUCCGUCGAGGCUUUGGGGUCCGACCGUCUUUCUGCUACUGAGCUCUACCACUCAGAGACCCCCACCAGCGUCCAGCUCUACCAGGACGUCCCUGAGGGUCAGCGGCGGGAGGACGUGGUGGGCCGUCCCAUCAUGCACCUCUCUGCGCUGCAGCAGGCCACCGGGGAGGCGGUCUACGUCGACGACAUCCCGCUCUACCAGAACGAGCUCUACGUCGCCUUGGUUACCUCCAGCAGGGCCCACGCCCGCAUCCUCUCUAUAGACAGCUCUGAGGCCCAGCUGAUGCCGGGCGUGGAGGCGUGUCUGUUCGCUGAUGACGUCCCGGGAUCCAACAUCACCGGACCGGCCUUCCUGGACGAGACCGUCUUGGCCCAGGACACGGUGACGUGCGUGGGCCACAUCAUGGGGGUGGUGGUAGCAGACACCCAGCUCCACGCCCAGCGGGCGGCCAGAGCGGUGAAGGUCAGCUACCAGGACCUCUCCCCCCUCAUCCUCACCAUACAGGAGGCCAUUGCUGCUCAGUCCUUCUACCAGCCAAUCAGAACGCUGCAGAGAGGGAACCUGGAGGAGGGCUUUCAACUGGCCGACCACAUCCUGGAGGGUGAGGUCCAUAUGGGCGGUCAGGAGCACUUCUACCUGGAGACUCACGUGACGCUGGCCGUCCCCGGAGAGGACGGGGAGAUGGAGCUCUUCGUGUCCACGCAGUCCACAGCCAAGACCCAGUCCCUGGUGGCCCUGGCGCUGGGCGUGCCGGCCAGCCGGGUGGUGGUGCGUGUGAAGCGGAUGGGCGGGGGCUUCGGGGGGAAGGAGAGCCGCAGCACCCUCCUGUCCACCGUGGUGGCGCUGAGCGCCCAGAGGCUCCGCAGGCCCGUCCGCUGCCAGCUGGACCGCGACCAGGACAUGGUGGCCACCGGGGGGCGCCACCCCUUCUACGCACGCUACAAGGUCGGCUUCCAGAAGUCUGGGAAGGUGCUGGCCUUGGAUGUUAGUUACUACGGAAACGCAGGAAACUCCAUGGAUCUCUCUCUCUCUAUCAUGGAGCGCGCUCUGUUCCACAUGGAGAACUCCUACUCCAUCCCUCACAUCCGGGGGCGGGGCUUCCUGUGUAAGACACACCUCCCUUCCAACACGGCGUUCCGUGGGUUUGGCGGGCCGCAAGGCAUGCUGGUCACCGAGAGCUGGAUGAGUGACGUGGCUCUGGAGCUGGGCCUGCCCGCCGAGAAGGUGCGCAGGGUGAACCUGUACCAGCAGGGGGAGCUCACCCCCUACGGUCAGGUCCUGGACCGGCUGACCCUGGACCGCUGCUGGGACCAGUGUCUGCAGCGCUCCCAGUACCACCAGCGGAGAGAGGCGCUGGACCAGUACAACAGCCAGAACCGUUGGACCAAGCGGGGACUGGCCAUCAUCCCCACCAAGUUUGGCAUCAGCUUCACCGCACUCUUCCUCAACCAGGCCGGUGCUCUGGUCCAUAUCUACACCGACGGCUCGGUUCUGUUGACCCAUGGAGGGACAGAGAUGGGCCAAGGCCUCCACACCAAGAUGGUUCAGGUGGCCAGCAGGGUUCUGGGCGUGGCCAGCUCUCAGAUCCAUGUGUCUGAGACCAGCACCAGCACGGUGCCCAACACCAGCCCCACCGCCGCCUCCGCCUCCUCGGACCUCAACGGUGCCGCAGUGAAGAACGCGUGUGAGGUCCUCAGGAAGCGUCUGGACCCCUACAGGACCCAGAACCCCAAAGGGUCCUGGGAGGACUGGGUCAAAGCUGCUUACUUCAACAGAGUCAAUCUGUCUGCUAAUGGGUUCUACAAAACUCCAGAUCUGGGCUAUGACUUUGAGACGAACUCCGGACGUCCGUUCAACUACUUCAGCUACGGAGUGGCCUGCUCUGAGGUGGAGGUGGACUGUCUGACCGGCAGCCACAAGAACCUACACACAACCAUCGUGAUGGAUGUCGGGAACAGUCUGAAUCCUGCAAUCGACAUCGGCCAGGUGGAGGGGGGGUUCUUGCAGGGCGUGGGUCUCUUCACCCUGGAGGAGCUGCGCUACUCCCCCCAGGGGGCGCUGCUCACCCAGGGGCCCGGGACCUACAAGAUCCCGGCCUUCGGGGACAUCCCGUCCCAGCUGGUGGUCUCCCUGCUGAGGGACGCCCCCAACGACAAGGCCGUCUACUCCUCCAAGGCGGUGGGCGAGCCGCCCCUGUUCCUGGCCGCCUCGGUCCUGCUGGCCCUGAAGGACGCGGUGGUGGGGGCCCGCUUGGAGGCCGGCCUCUCGGGGCCCUGCAGGCUGGACAGCCCCGCCACCCCGGAGAGGGUCCGUCUGGCCUGCCAGGACCGCUUCACCGCGUUGUGUCCACCGGCCAAACCUGGGACCUUCCAGCCCUGGGAUGUCCGGGUGUAGGACGCCUGCCUAGCCUCCUACCUCCUCCCUCCUAGCUCCUCCCUCCUACCCUCCUCCCUCCUCCCCUUCUCCCUCCUCCCUCCUCCCUCCUACCCUCUUCCCUAUAUAUUAAUCUAUCUUUAUCUAUUUUACAGCUAUGAUCAAUCUAGCUAUGUGUUUACCAUAUCUAUCUUUAAAUUGAUAUAUUGAUCAAUCUAUCAGUGCAUAGAUUGUCUCUCGACCUCUCUUGAUAGAUAUCCUAUCGACCGAAUCACACGUCCUGUCCAGUCUAGGAAGGCAUCAGAGCGUUAAAGACUUGAUAUCGGUCAAUAAAAGAUCUUUCAUGAUU